UUCUGCUUCUUUUUUAAAGGGAAAACUGUCAUAUAAGCUCUUAUAGUAUAUCAAAAAAGUCAAUCAAACUCUUGAAAUAAAAAACACCCAAUCAAGUCCUCUAACUUUAGAAAAACAAUCAAAUUUCUAAUUUAAUGGGUCAAAGUCCGGUUACCGGGUUAUGAUGAUGAUGUGGCAGUCCAGAUAUUUAUUUUUAAACUUUCCAUUUUUUUCUUCUCUUUUUCUCUUUUCCUCUCCUCUCCUCUCGCUACUUUCUUUAUUUCUUCUACCUUUUUCUUCUGCGAGACAUUUCUCUUCCUAUCUCUCAGACCCCCACUUUCUUCAUACUUUUUCUUCCGCCGGUCAUUUCUUUUCUCUUACCCUUCUUCUUUAUUCUUCCAUUGAUUCGACCUUGUUACUUUCACCAGAGGGGUUCAAUGGAUUGGAGGUGGGCGCCAAAGGGGUUCUCCAGGAAUUCAAGUCGUCCCCUCUAAUUAUGUUCGACGACGGAGGUGGGCGUCGGACUUCCGCCGUAGUUUCCACAGACCUUGGUCACCUUUUAGAGCUAAUUCCCGUCACCAACGUCCAACGACAUCAACGCAGGAGCUGCAGAGCUCCACCGCCAUAGCUGCCGCCCACCCUCCACACCAGAGUGGCAGAGUUCCUCACAUGGAAGAAGGACAAAGAAAGUGACAGGAGCACAGUGGCGUAGAAGAAGGAGCAAAAGGGGGGAGAAUGGAAAAACAGAAAGGGGGGGGGGGGGUAGAAGAGAAGCGCAGGGGUCGGGUAGCUAGAGGAGAUGGAAGAAGAAAGUAGGAGAAGAUAAAAGAAAAAAUGGAAAAGAAAAAUAAAAAGAAUAAAAAAAACUAUAAAAAUAACAGUGGAUCGCUACGUCACUCAUGUGAUCCGGAGGGAGAAAAAAUUACACAAAUAUUACGUAGUACUACUUCAAAACCCACUAACAAAAAUAUGACUACAUGUUAAAGGGAGGUUACUAACUGCCUACUUGCAUUACUAAAACUAAUGUGGGUAUUUGUAGUGUGUGAAUAGAUAGUCACAUUUUUGUAAACUUACACACUAUUGGUGAUAUCUAUGUAAAAAACUCACCAGGAAACCGGAUGUUGACCUGCUAAAUUAGAAAUUUGGCUGUUUUUGUAAAGUUUGUAGACUUAAUUGGGUGUUAUUUUUAUUUGGGGGCUUAGUUGACAUUUCUAAUA